AUGGCCACCGUCAGAAUAUGCGUCUGCGGCGACGAGGGUUGUGGUAAGUCCAGCCUUAUCACUUCUCUAGUGAAAGAUACCUUCGUCAGCAGCAGGAUCCAAGCAGUCCUCCCUCAGAUCACCAUCCCACCGACUCUCGGGACUCCUGAAAAUGUUACCACUACCAUCGUUGAUACCUCUGCCCUCCCACAAGACCGCACCAACCUAGCCCGAGAAUUGCGCAAGUCCAAUGUGAUCCUGCUGGUCUAUUCCGACCACUACAGCUAUGAAAGAGUUGCUUUGUUUUGGUUGCCCUACUUCCGUUCCCUUGGAGUCAAUCUCCCCGUCAUCUUAUGUGCCAAUAAAUCGGAUCUGGUCACGAGCAGCACCCCUGCUCAGAUCGUGGACGAAGAGAUGCUCCCGGUCAUGUCUGAAUUCAAGGAGAUUGAUUCCUGUAUUCGAACCAGUGCUCGCAACCACUACAAUGUCAACGAAGCCUUUUUCUUGUGCCAGAAGGCUGUCACCCAUCCAAUCGCACCGUUGUUUGAUGCUAAAGAAUCUGUCCUCAAGCCAGCUGCCGUAGCUGCCUUGCUGCGUAUUUUCUAUCUCAGCGACAAAGACAAGGAUGGUCUGCUGAGUGACAAGGAGAUGGAAGAUUUUCAAAUCAAAUGCUUCGACAAGGGGUUGAGUCCGGAGGACCUACAACAUAUCAAGCACACUAUUGACAGUCACAUAUCUGGGGCUGCGUCAAGCCGAGGAAUCACGUCGCAAGGCUUUCUUCUACUCAACAAGCUCUAUGCCGAAAAAGGUCGUCACGAGACGAUAUGGGUUAUUCUCCGAACCUUCCAGUACACUGACAGCUUGUCUCUGGAAGAAUCCUUCCUCCACCCGAAGUUUGAAGUUCCAGAAUAUGCCUCUGCCGAACUCUCUCCUGCCGGAUAUCGGUUUCUUGUUGAUCUCUUCCUGACGUCCGAUCGCGAUAAUGAUGGAGGUUUGAAGGACGAGGAACUCGCAUCUCUGUUUGCGCCGACACCGGGGAUCCCACAGCUAUGGAUCGACAACAACUUCCCUUCUUGCACCGUCCGAAAUGAUGCCGGGCAUGUCACACUUCAGGGUUGGUUGGCCCAAUGGUCGAUGACUACGUUCACCUCGCCCAAGACUACUCUAGAAUACCUAGCAUAUCUCGGGUUUGAGUCUCCAGAUCGGUCGAAUCCCAGCACCACUGCUGCUUUAAAAUUAACAAAACCACGAAAACGUCGGAGACGGCCAGGACGAGUAGGCCGAAACGUCAUUUUUGCGCACGUCCUUGGUGCUCCACAUUCGGGGAAGUCAGCCUUACUCGAUACAUUCCUUGCGCGGCCCUUCAAUAGCUUAUAUCUACCGACGAUCCAGCCUCGCGUGGCUGUCAACACUGUGGAACUGCCGGGAGGCAGGCAAUGUUAUUUAAUCUUGAAAGAAUUAGGAGAGUCGGAAGCUGCCGUGCUGGACAACAAGACCAAAUUGCUGGAUCAGUGCGACGUGAUGGUCUAUACCUACGAUUCGUCGGAUCCAGACUCGUUUGCCUACAUCCCCGACAUUCGCAAAACAUAUCCUCAUCUUGAAGAUCUUCCGUCACUGUACGUUGGUUUGAAAGCAGAUCUCGACCGAACUACCCAACGAGCAGAACACCAACCUGAUGAAUAUGUGGCCCACAUCCAACGAAUGCCCCAAGGGCCUCCGAUAUCCACGAGCGUGACCUGGCCGUCGAUCCAAGAGCUCUUCGUGGCUAUUUCAGAAGCAGGCCUGGAGCCAGUAACAGCUUAUCCUCGACCACUUGAAGAGGAUGACAAUGGUCAACUCAUGAGAUAUGGUCUAGUGCUGGGGGCGGUGGUGUGUGCUGCUGCCGCAGCUGUGGUUAUAUGGAAAAGAUCAGCCAGUCCAGCUGGAUGA